AAAGUGCGCAGCAAGGUGGGGCGCAAGCUACCGCCGCCGUCCAACGAGACCAAGACCACCGUCAAGGCCAAGACCAUCGUGCUACCGGGCCAAAAGCUGCUGGACGACCGGUCGCAGGCGGCGGUAUCACAGCGAGGCCACACGCUGCCGGAGCUGCUCGCCCAGUCCGGCCACUACAGCGACAAGGUUCGGCAAGAGUCGCUCGUUCGCCUGCGCGAGCUGCUGGCAGCCAAUCCCGAUGAGCUGAGGCGCCAUGCUGGCACCAUCCUCGCCAAGCUGGCGCCACGCAUUGCUGACGUGGACAAGAAGACGAGAGACUCCCUCCUGCUGCUGAUGCGUUCCGUGCUCUUUCCGACCAUGCAGCCCGAGGUGCGGUUCGGUGCAUGCAGCCUGGGUUGUGGUGCGGGGCGAAGGGGGGUUAAUGUGACGGGGUUGGGAGGGAUGGGGGAGUGGGGCAUAGGUAUGUGGGGGAUGGGACUUGAGCGCAUGGCGCCAUUCUUCACGCUGCUGAUGGGCCACGUGGGCUGUGCCAUGACCCACGUGGCGCCGGACAUCCGCCAUGCCGCGCUGCCAUUCCUGUCAGCGCUGCUCGCCCACUACCCCUCGCUCUUCCGCUCCUCCUCCACCGCCCAGGUGCUCCUCGCCCUCCCGUCGCCUCCCCUCGCCCCUCCUCCCUGCCAUGCCCCUCGGGGAUCACUGUCCUCCUCUCCUACUCGUCUCGCCCCCUCACUCCUCGGCCACUCUCGUGACCCACACCACACUCCAGCACGCUCCCCUCAACGUGAAUCGCUCAUCUGGAACCGCUGCCUCACAGCCAUAUGUCACUAUCUGUUUCGCCGCUCUCUCACAUUCUCUGUCACGCCAGUUUUUCCAUUCACGUUCUUCCCCGCCUCCACUCCAUCCCUCCCAUCCACCCGGCCCCAUCUGUCCCCACCCCUGCCUCCCCAUGCCCCUGCCUGCUCGACGAUCAUCUCCCCUCCCCGCGUGCAGGUGGUGGCGCAUUUCACUGACAUGCUGGCCCUCGCCUCGCCCUCUGCGCGCUCCUUCCCCGCCCUCGCCACCACCCUCUCUGCCCUCACCUCCUUCCUCUCCACCGCCUUCCCCCACACCUCCCCCUCCCCCUCCUCUUCCACCGCCGUUGCUCCAUCCCCCUCCGCCCUCACCUCCUCGCCCUCCCUCAACCCCCCUGGCUCCGCCCUGCCUCUCCCCACCUCCCCCUUCACGCACCCGCUCCCCACUCUCUCCGCCCCGCCCCCCCCUGCCACCACCUCGUCCGCCCCCUCCCCACCUUCCGCCUGCGCGCCCCCAGGGGAGUACAGCUGGCGCCUGGGUGUGCGCCUGCAGCGCGCCCCUCUGCUCUCCGCCCUCCCCGCCCCUUCCAACUCCUCCUUCUCCUCCUUCCCCUCCUCCCCUUCGCCCCUACUUUCGGGAUUCGCGCCAACCAACCCCUCCGGAUGCCAGUCAUUCAACUCCAUCUUUCCGCACAUGCCUGAAGCUGCAGGCGCAGCAGUGCCAGCUCAGCACCAGCAACUCCAACCGCACCAUCAGCACCACCAGCAGCAACAUCAAAAUCAGCAGCAGCAGGGGGCCUACGGGGACGCGCUGUCACGGGUGCUGCACAAGCUGGGCACCGCCUUCCCUCUGCACGCCCCUGCUGGCCUCGCCGCUGCUCGCGCCAAGGGCACCAAGGGCAGCAACGGUACCGCCGGUGGGGCAGCAGCGGCAGGUGGAGGGCAGCAGAGGGAGGUGGGCGAGCAGCUGGCGAUGCUCAACGUGCUGCUCGCUGAAUGCCUCUCGCUCUUCCUCCCUGCCUCCGCUGCUGCUGCUGCUGCUGCUGGGUCCGGUGCUGCUGGUGGUGGGGGGCGUGCGGGGAAGAGGAGGAGGGACGCGCGGCGGGAGGGGAGGGAGGGAAUGUUGGGGGAUGAGGGGGGGAAGAGCAGGGGGGCGGGGAGGGGAGCGGUGAAGGGAGAGGCGCGGGGGAGGUUGCUUGAAGGGAGCAGAUUUGUGAUUCGGAUGAGCGGGGGGAGAGGGGAUGGGGGAGGAAGGGAAGGAGGGAGCAAAGCCAACAAGGGGAAGAAGGGUGGACGGGAGAGCGAGCGGGGGAGGGGAGAUACGGGCGAUGGUGAGGAAGCAGAGGAGGGAGGGGACGAGGGGGGGGAAGAGGCGGAGGAGGAGGAGGAGGAGGAGGAGGCGAGGGAGGAGGCGUGGGUAGGCAGGUUGUAUGAUUUCAUGGAAGGCGCGAUGGAGGGCAAGCUCCUCCCUGCUCCAACCGCUUCUCCAAUCCUCUCACGCCAUGUUAGCGAGUCCCUUAUCCGCCGCCUCCUCCCGCUCCUGCCUACCCAACUCCAUUACGCCCCCUCGGCCGCCCGCCGCGCCUCGCUGCUGGGCGGCUUCUCUCGUCUCUUCUCCGUGUCGCCCGCCCGCAGCGCCACUCGGGCUGCGUGCCUAGAUGUGAUGUUCGGGCUGCUGCAACAACAGGCGAUGGUGUUGCGCAUCUUCUUCCGCAUCGCCUCCAUCUCUCCACCGCCCUCCUCAUCCUCGCCCCCCUCCGCCUCCUCAUCGUCCCUAUCAGAUCACAUCAGCAGUGUGCAGCCGCUGCUCGUGCCCUUCUUUGCCGCCUCCAUUGCUGCUCGCCCUGCCGCACCACACGCACCAGCCCCAUCACCAGCAGCAGCAGCUCCAGCAGCAGCAGCAGCGGAGGAGGCAGCAGGGGGGCAUCGGCUGGUGGUGGGGCCGUUCCUGCUGCUACCGGCGCCCCUGCAGGCGCUCUCCCUGGACCUGCUGCUCUGCUUCCCCCGCCUCUCCCUCCCCCUCCUGCAGUCCCUUGCCGUCUGCUGCAUCGCCUCCCACUCGCUAAAUUCGCACUCGUUAGAGUCACAAACACAGCAACAGCAGCAUGAGGGGCAAGGCAUCGGGCAGGACGCAUCUGCAGCAGCAGCAGCGGUGCCACGUGGCAUGCGGUGGUUGGCGGGGAGGGCAGUGGAGGUGGUGGGGGCGGCACACAGGAGGGGCGCAGUGGGCUUGGCAGAGUACCUUGGCUUCCUGGUCUCGCUGCUGCUCGCCCGCACUCGUGCCCACUCCCACCUGGACAUCACCGCUGCGUUCCAAGGGCGAGUGAGGCGGCACGAGGAGGCGGAGAGGCAGCACCACCACCGCCACAGCCACACAGACCACGCGGAGCCCAAGGGUGAAGUGAAGGGCUCUCCACCGUCGGAUCUUCCUCGGAGCAAAUCAAUGGGGUCGAGAUGGUUCCUGGAAGAUUCUUCCGGGUUGUGUCGCGAGAUAUGGGAGCGGGAGACGGCGGUGGGGGCAGUGUGUGCGGCGCUGGUGCAUGUGCCCGUGGGAGGCAGUGUGGGGGGUGGAGGGGGCGUGGGGGGGCAGGCAGGGGCGUUGAUGGACGGAGCAGCAGUGUUGGACCUCGUCUCACAGCCACUGGCUGCUGCCCUCGUGAAUUCCAUUCCAAAUAGGCACAUCCCGUCCACCUCCCCCCCUCUCCCUCCUACCCCCCCUCUUCCUCCUUCCCGUCCUCUCCCCCCUUCCCCUACUCCCCCUCCUUCCCCUCCUCCCCCUCAUAUCUCUCUUUCCUCCUCUCCCUCCAUUCCCCCUUUCCACAUGCUUGUGCCCCCCACAGAGCGGCCCCACCACCUCCCCAGCAUGUCUGUAGGCCAUCUUCAGUGCUGUCGAGGCCUGCUCUCAACAGUCUCUCACCCAUUUUUCCUUCCUCAUCCCCCCCUCUCUUGGCCCCCACAGAGCGACCCCACCACCUCUCCGCCAUGCCUCUACGGCAUCUUCCGCGCCGUUGCCUCCUGCUCCCACCGCUCCCACCUGCGGCCCUUCCCCGCCCCGCUGGGAACCAUGCACGGCGACCACGUGUGUGCCUCUGUGCCUGUCAGCGCUGCUGCCAGCCAGCCUUGCUCGCUUCUGCUGCCGCCUGCUUCAGGAGCACCUUUCCACCCUCUACCCCUCGCUUGCAUCCCCCGCGCCUGCGCUCUCCACCUCCUCGCCCUCACCCGCGCCCACGAGGGCAUCUCUGCUGCGCGCGUGCCCCUGGCUGGUGCCCGCCCUGCGCCUGCUCGCUCUGCACCCCUUCCCGCUCGCAGUGAGCACCUCUCCACACUCUCCACCUCCCCCACCUCCCCCGCCUCACCCGCGCCCACGAGGGCGUGUCUGCUGCGCACGUGCCCCUGGCUGGUGCCCGCCCUGCGCCUGCUCGCCCUGCACCCCUUCCUGCUCGCGCCCUUCCUCCACCUCCUCCUGCCGACCGAGAAGCAAGAGCAGGGCGCAGGGGCAGGGGACGCAGGGGCAGGGGUGCAUGCAAGGGCGGGAGUGGUGUGCGUGGCAGUGCUGUGGGGCCCACUGGAGCUGCCGCUGCUGCUGCUGGGGGCGACAGAUAGGCAGCAACUCACAGCUGGCCUAGCAGGCUUGAAGGUGAGUGCAUGGGGAGAGGGAUAG